UGUUUAUCUGUGUCAAAAGUAACGCUGCUGUACUAGGAGGGAUCUGGCAACUCUGCAGAAAGACAAUAACAUGGCUUUUCUCCUGUCCCGCUGCUCUAAACUGUCACUGAGAAACGCGCUCAUGAAAACCUACUCGGACUCUGCAGUUCGUCUCCGGAUUCUGCCGAGCACCACCUGCAUGUUUGACGAAGCUGUCGAGAUAAAACUGAGCGGUUUGACUCCUCAGCAACGUGUGGAGUUACAGUCCAACCUUCAGGACGACAGAGGAGUUCGUUUCAAAGCUACAGCCACAUAUCAGGCGGACGAGAAAGGAGAGGUUGACCUGAGCCGUCAUCCCUCUCUGGGGGGAACCUACACAGGUGUUGAACCGAUGGGUUUGUUUUGGUCGAUGCGGCCAGACGUGCCACAUAGUAUAGUGGUGAAGAGAGACGCGUCGACCCCCCUUAACUAUCACAUCGAGGCUUCUAGUGGAGGAGAAAUCCUCGCUAAGGAGACCAAUGAAAGGCACUUUACGGGCCCGGGAGUCCGAAGAGCUCCUGUGAGCGAUGGCAGGAUACGAGGAACCCUUUUCACACCGCCUGGAGAAGGCCCGUUCCCUGCCAUUGUAGAUCUGUAUACUUUGGGAGGCAUUCUGUAUGAGCCACGAGCAGCUCUAUUGGCAAGUAAAGGGUUUGUGGUGCUGGCCCUGGCUCUCUAUGGUCACCAGGAAAUGCCCAAAAAACUUGAUAAGAUUGAUCUGGAGUACUUUGAAGAAGCUGUAAUAUUCCUGCAGAAGCUACCUGAGGUAAAAAAAACUGGGAUAGGCAUAAUGUCCAUCUCAAAGAGUGGAGAAAUAGCUCUGGCAAUGGCAUCAUUCCUGCCCAAUGUGAAAGCCACUGUCUGCCUCAACGGCAACAUUGCCAAUGUUGUGUUUCCACUCCACUACAAAGACAUGAUCUUCCCACAUCUUACAGCACAUCUUGAGAGAAUAACUGUAACUAAAUCAGGUAUCUUGGACAUCAGAGAUGUUCUAGAAGAUCCCAUGGUAAAGGAGAACCGUGCCAAGGUCAUACCGAUUGAGCGUGCCAGCAGCAAUUUCCUGUUCAUAGUGUCAGAAGAUGACAGAAACUGGAACAGUGCCUAUUACGCAGAGCAAGCUUGCAACAUCCUCAAGGAACAUGGAAAAACAAACUAUGAAGUGGUGAGCUAUCCAAAAGCAGGGCACUUCUUAGAAGUCCCUUACAUGCCCCAUUAUUCAUCUGGAGUCCACCCUGCAGUCAGCCAGGUGGUGGCUUUUGGAGGAGAAACGAAAGUCCAUGCAGACGCACAGGUGGAUACAUGGAGAAGAGUGCAGGAAUUUUUCAGAAAACACUUACAGUGUCCUCUUAAAUCUGUGCUUUAGCAAGUUUAAUUUAAAGUUUGCCAGCAUUACAAAGCAUUGUUCUGACAUUAUUUUCUACCAGUGAGGUAGGCUGUCUAUUAAGGGUAUUGCCUUACUUUGUUAAUUAGAUAGAGAUAAUAAAAGUACAGCAAAUAUGCUAACAGUGCCUUAAAGGAGAUCAAAAUACUCAGUUUAGCCUACUGUUCAAUAGAGCACACAACGUGUGGUUCAUUUCAUAUCUAAAACAAUUUCACAAGAUAGCUAAAUGAUAUAGGCAUCAAGAGAGGGCUACAAUACUACUGUCCCCCUGCAAAGUAUUCAGUAGACGCACAGGUGGAUACGUGGAGAAGAGUGCAGGAAGUUUUCAAAAACCACUUAUGAUCUUGUAAAAGCAUUGAUGUUGCAUGAUGUAUACGGUUGUGCUUCUUAAGGCCACAAGCCUCAUUUUACCAUCUAAAAUUGAAGAUCAAAACUUAAUAGUUAUGCAAACUAUUGCUAUAUUAAUAUGUCUCGUUUGCUGUUUUUUCACCCAUUUUCUAGUUCUGGCACUGAGUGUAGCAGCGAGAGUUGGGAAAGCAAGCUUAAGCUCACAGUCAAGUAAAAGUAAUGUUACUUCAUUGAAAUACCGACUGCAGUAGAAGUGAAAGUAUCUUCCAAAAAACUGCUUGUUAAGAAGCACAUAAGUACCAUGUGUAAGAGCACUACUUUAAUGAGUAAUCAAAAUUUACUAGUUGUGUUUAUAGCACCUACUUGUGGAGAAUCUUCAGCCUGCUAAAUAUGAUUGAAUGAGCAAGCCAGUUCAGACACUUCACAUCUAAAGUGUUUCAGUAUUGAGUAACUUCUAACUGCAAGUCCUUACUGCAUCCAGCAUGUUUCAGCAUAGCAGGUUUAAAAUUAUUAGGCUUCUGUUUUUGCUUCUUUUUUUUUUUAAGUAAAACAUUUAAUGCACAAAAUGAGGAGUCGCAGAGCAAAACAGAUGCUGUCAUCAAGCUAACGUAAUGAAAUUAAACCAAAUUAGUAACAAACGGUAAUGAUGUAAUGAUGAAUGUGUAACUGAGUAAAUUAGUAAACUCCUUUUCUAACAUAUAUACCUGAUUAGAAGUGAAAAUACUAUCAUUUCAAAAUAUUCAGGGAAGUAUAAAUCCACCAAAAUAUUACUUUGUAUCUAAGCAUCUGUAUCUGAUACCAACAAAGAUGCGCACUGUUAUUUAGGGAUGCACCAAUAUGGGAAUUGUGAGCCUAUGCUGAUAUCAUUUUUCUAUAAUUUUUUAUUGAUCCUGAUAUGUAAAAUUUAUAGAAUGUAAAAAUUGUGACUACAUCUUUCUGAAUUCACUUUAUGGAGAAAUGUAACAUGUAUUUCUAAAGGGCCACAAAAUCAAUAAAAUAAAUAUGAGCAAAAUAUCAGCAGAUACUGAUAUAAUUUCAAUACCAUCAUGUUCCCCUUUUUUUACUGCAGUGGGAACAGACUGAUAGCGUAUUUCUUGUUAACAUAUAACACAUUCACCAAGCCAUGUUGCCUCAUUCCUGUAAUCUGAAUGUAUUUUUUUUAAUUAAUAAAGUUAUUUGUCUUCA